CUGGGCCGAAAACAAACUAUUCACUCACCUCGUUUCUCUGCCCCGUGCGGCCGUGCCCACGACCCAUUCCUCUCCCUCAUCCACGAACUCAUCUUCUCCCUCCCCGUGCACACCUUCCUCCGCGCCCCGCCUCCAUCGACCUGGCCACGCCGGAGCUCCUCCUUCCCCAGCCUUCUUCUCCGCCGACGCACCCCACACCCCAGACCGGCAACGAAGCAUCCCGCACCGGUGGACGCGCUCCCCCGCCUCUGACCGGCGCCGACGUGGCCCCGCGCCCCGCUUCUCCCUUCCGGCGUCGUCCUGCGCCCCGCCGCAUCGAUCCCUCGCCAAUUUGAUGCAUCCCGCGGCUGGGACCUUCGAUCCCCGUCGGAUCCGGGCCCUUCUUGUCCAACGACGACAACAAAAGCAGGCAGCGGCUGCUCCGGCCGCCCCACCGCAGAUUCCAACCAGCGCCCCCCUGCUCGCUGUGGACUUGUGAAUCCAUAUGUCAACAUGCAGUGGCGGUGCAUGGGCUGCGUCGGCAAGGUCGACAAGGCAAUGGCCUCCGUGAGAACCUUCUUAGGGGUUGAAACGUCGGUGGGAGCGACGUCGGCACUGGAGUCGUGGCCGUGGCGGGCAAGGUGAACCCGGCGGAGCUCUGCCAGUUGCUCAAGAGGAAGACAAGGAAGGAUGCCAAGAUUGUCCACCUGCUGAAGAAUCAUAAUAAGCAGGUUUGGAAAGGUUGGAGGUGGAACUUGCCGGACAUAUACUAGGAGUUGCCAGAUUUUGUUGUACGAGUUUCCAGAUCUGCUGUUUUGAGUGUGGGGUUUCCCCCUUUUUCACAAAACUUGCAUGGCGAUUGAUAAGUGCCCAAUGUACUGAUGCUAGGCUUAACAUGGAGACUGCUUAUAUUUUUAUUUUGCUACUCAAUGCUAGGCUUAACAGUUAACAUGAACUUUUUGCUUACGUGGUUGUUUUACAUUCACACUCAAUGUAUUGAUGCAAGCGCAAGCGAUCGUCCCGGCGAUCUCAUGUUUUUUCGCCGAUGUACUGAUGCAAGAUCCUCUACUAUCCAGGAGUGCUUGCCGAUUUAAAGGAGGGCGACGGUGAGGACUGCACGGACAAGCAGUGGCGAGUGGGACAUGCACGAGGACCUAUUCGCUGCUCCGAGAGGGACAUUGAAGGAACUAGAAGUGGAUGGUACAGUGACACCACGUUCGUUCGUCUCCAUGAGCAGGAAAAAUGGCUGGGACGUGCAAAAAACGCAAUUGGGAAGAACAUCCUGCGGCUUCUCCUGAUCCUGACCAUGAUUCAUUUGCUGACAAUGAUUCAUCUUCUUCCAUUGGAGAGCAACACACAGAGGGGGAAUAUGACAAGCUGCGGGCAAGUUCUGGUCCAUGUUCAAGCAACUUGUGUGUAUUUAGACAUGGCUGGGAAACUUGUAGGCAAAUUGCCUACAAACCAGGCAAGCAAGCUAAUCAGUUUGCUGCAGAAUCUAUGGAAAUUGCCUACAAAACCAGUGGGGAUGGGGGAGUCCUGAAGGAGGGGGAGGAGGUUAGCCAUGAGUGCGCCGGGUACCUAUCUGGGAGGAAGAAGAUGACCAAGAACGUAUGCGGCUAGGGAGCUCUUUGUGUGCUAAUGGAGUUGGAGCUAUGCAACUAGAUCUGGGAGGAAGAAGACGAGCAAGAAACAAGAUAGGCUCUGGUAGGCAGUGUGGGAUAGGCUCUGGUAGACAGUGAGGGGGCGUGAGAGGCUUUUUUGUGCGAUCGGUGUUGGGCACCUUGGGGGACCAGACAUGUGCGCUUACCUUUUUGAUGGGAGGGGGACAAAAACUUUCCUAAAACAGGUGUGUGCCACGGGAUGCUAGGGAGCACACGUUUGCUCCCUAGACACGUCCCAAAGUUUUUCAUGAGGGCACUCGCAAGUUCCUUCCGGCGUCCUUCUACGGACACCGAACAGGAGGACCAGUCCACGGACACGGAUGCGAGGAUGGUCAUCCAAUGCUAUUUUGUAUAUGUCUGUUAGUAAAGGACAAUUUAAAAUUUAAAUAUAGAUAAAAACGGCGCGCCAGAUCA